AAACCGUCUCACCUGUAGCCGAUCAAGCCCGCUCAAGUCAACAUCCUGGGCUGUGAACCCGCGAUAAGGUCGGAGGGGGCCUCAGUGGAGAAUAGAUGGGGAAGUUCUCUGGGGCGGGCGCAGUUUGCUGCUGAUUCUGAGAAACCGAAACUCAGCUGUUAAAACCGCUGCCUCUGCACUUUGGAAUCCCGUCCGGAGACUCGCUAAGCCGCCCAGCCGCAUCCCUCCCGCAGCGACGGCGGCCCGGGACCCGCGGGCUGUGCACCAUGUACACACGCAGUAGAGUGGUGAGCUCCGGGCUCGGCGCCUCCCCUGCCUCCCGCCCGACCCAGGACCCCCGGGACCCUUAUGGGCGGCACGGGAAGCUGGGCCGGCUGGAAGACCAGAGACAGGGUUUGCAGGCAGCCCCUGAGAGCCCUUCGCGGGAGAGCGUCGUGCACGCGGGCCAGAGACACACAAGUGCAUAUACCUUGAUAGCACCAAAUGUAAACCGGAGAAAUCAGAUACAAAGAAUUGCGGAACAGGAGCUGGCCAACCUGGAGAAGUGGAAGGAGCAGAACAGAGCUAAACCAGUUCACCUGGUGCCCAGGCGGCUAGGUAAGCAGGCACAGCCACUGCCUGAAUGCGGGAGGGUGGGGCCACCUAUGGAUCCUGUUAGCGGCUUGCAUAUGUCUGUCUGUGAAUGUCCAUUGUAG